AUGCCUAACAUACUUAAUAACAUCUUUCUGAUUGCAGCUCUCACAGUUCUCCAGAGUGGCGCUUCUAGUGGAUCUUAUCCUAUAGUCUCUGGGUAUUCUCGCUACGACGACGAAGACUCUUCUCUCGCUAAACCACCCCGACUGUCAUUGGGCCCACACAAGAAUGAAGAACUAAGAGGCCCGGAAAAGGAAACGGAGAGCGAGACCACCGAUUCCGCGUCAGAUGAACUGCAGCCGGGAUACACUGACCCAGUUCUCCAGAGCGACGCUCCUGGUGGAGACGAAAACGGCAACUAUUACGACGAGGCCGACGACGAAAACUCUUCUGCCCAUGCGCCGCCCCGACAGCCAACUGGGACCAACAAUAGUAAAGAAAUAACCGGCCCAAAAAAGAAACAUGAGAACCAGACAACCGAAGCAACGCCAAACGGUACCGGAGACGAUUAUGAUGAGGACGAUGAUGAUGAUGAUUACGAUGUGUCUAAUGUCAUAACAUUCGGUACUGAGGCUCCGACGACUAGUACGACGCCCAAAGCGGGAAUCAACACACCAGCGUCCCAACCGAUGGAAGUUGCUCUGCAUGUGCCAGACGCUCCCAGAAUUCCAAAAGUAUGCACGGAACAGCUAGACGAGGGAGAAUGCGACAGCAACGAAGAAAGCACUCCAGCGUUGCGAUAUUUCUACGAUACUGCUACAAAUUCGUGCGAAGUGUUCCCGUAUAGUGGAUGCAAGGGCAACGGCAACAACUUCGCGUCCGAAGAAGAAUGCGAAAAUAGAUGCCGAGUUGGCGAAGUGUACGACAGCAAGGAAGACGCCCGACUUCCCAGAGUGUGCAAGCUGAGGGCGUCUCAUGGUCACUGCGAAUCGGGGCAGGAACCACAACUCCGUUACUUCUACAACCAGUACACGGAACGAUGCGAGGUGUUCACAUACAGCGGCUGCGGGGGCAACGAGAACAACUUCAAAACUAGACAUGAGUGCGAAGUAAGAUGCAGAUACACACCAGAUGGCGUUUGCUCUCUCAAGCCGGAAAGAGGACCCUGUAGUAUCAAGGUCCCAAGACACUACUGGGACAAGGAACUGGGAGAUUGCAAAGAGUUCGUGUACUCCGGCUGCGCCGGCAACGGGAACAACUUUCCAGAUCAAGAGACUUGCCGGAAGUACUGCAAAGCAAGAAGCGCAUAUCUCGAGUUAUGGUGGAAUGUUUGGAAUGCGAUGCAGUCCUGGGUAAAGCGAGGUGACAAAUGA